GUAUGGGCCGUCGGCGCCGCCGAGGAGCUGGGAUCUUGGAGCCCAGGGCGCGCCCUGGAAUUGCACACGUGCGCCGCCACCUUCCCGGUGUGGUCAGGCAAGGUGGCCCUGCCGUUCUCGGCCUUGAAGGGCGUGCUGGAGUACAAGUUCGUCGUCACUCACUCGGACGGCUCGACACUCUGCCUGUGGCUGAACUCGCCGUGCCGGGCGCCGUGCGGGGUCGAGAGGCACCGCAGUGGCCGCGCCGUGGUCCGCAAUUUCCACGUCGCGCUGGCCGCCGGCUGCCUGCUGGCGUGCCUGCGCCCCGAGCAGGAGGCGCAGGCCUUCGAGGGGCCGCGCCCCCCCGCGCGGCCCGCGGCGGCGGAGGCCGCGCUGCCCGCGGCCGCGGAGGCGGCCGAGGCGCCGCCCGCCCUGGGCCGGGGAGGCACGGAGGCUGCGGGAGCAGGGGGAGCGCUGCCCCAAGCAGCAUGCGCUGCGAUUGCAUACGGGCUGUUGGCGAGUGCGCUUCCGUCCGCACCUGCGGGUCGCCACUGGAGGCCGCUGGCGGUGGACUGGCAGGACACGCAGCUCGGCCCGGGCUACCCUGCGAAGAUCCUUUCCGCCUGGAGCGACUUGGGCGUGCUCGCCACUGGCAGCACGGUGCGGAUCGAGGCAGCCGGCUUCAACGGCGAGAAGGGGCCUCUCGCAGGGUGGGGGUGGUACUUGAACGUCUGGAGCGGGGACGGCCGGCACUGGACCAGCAAGCGUGACGCCUCCCGCCUGCUCCACCUCAACCCGCGGCCCCGCGGCGGCGUUGUCGCUAUGAACCACUGCCUGCGUGGCGGCUGGGGCCCGCAGAAGGACGUGCCGGUGCCUAAGCCCUGGCAGCUCGCCAGCGCGGCGGUCGCGUUCGUCUUGGAACUGGAGCUGGGAGAGAGCGCGUGGAGCGUGAGGCUAAACGGCGAGCCGCAGCCCAAGAUGGCAUACGAUCGCAAGGGCGACUUCUCGGGGCCCCUGGUCCUCCAGCUCUACGACGUCCUCCGCCCGCGCGUCGCCCUGCUCGGACCCGCGGGCCCGGGCCUGGGCCCGCUAUUAGGCGGCAGCUCCGACUGGAACGGGGUGCCGCUCGAGUGGCAGGACACCCCGCUGGGCCCGGGCUACCCCACCAUCUCGGGGGACUUGGUCCACUCCUCAUGGAGCGACCUCGGCGUGCUGCAGGCGGGCGACGUCCUGCGCAUCGAGGCGGAUGGCUUCAACGGCGAGGAUCACCCGAAUGCCGGCUGGGGCUGGUACCUGAACGUCUGGAGUGGCGACGCGCGGCACUGGGACAAGGAGCCCAGCGCCUCCCGCCUGUGGCACCUCAACCCAAGGCCAAGAGCCGGGAUGGUUGCCAUGAACCACUGCCUGCGCGGCGGUUGGGGUCCCCAGCGCGACGCGCCGUUGCCCGAGGCCUGGCAGCUUGCGAGCGCCGCCACGCCGUUCACAAUCGAGCUGGCGCUGGGGGCGGAGGCCUGGACCCUGAGACUCAACGGCGAGGUGCAGCCCGAUCACAUGGCGUACGAUCGGCACGGUGACUUCUCUGGCCCGCUGACGCUGCAGCUGUAUGAUGUCGAGUGGGAGCCGGGCGCGAACCGCGCGCUGGUGCGGGUCAGCAGCAAGCCGAGCACGCAGUCGCCGCCCCGCUUCGGCGAGGCGGACCCGAUCCCUCCGGCCUCCGAGCCGGACACCGAGGAGCCGCAUGGGAGCGAGAUCAGCACCACGGCGGAGGACGACAGUUGCAGCGAGAGUCCCAUGUCGGGCGAGCUCUUCGCCGAGCUCUCCGGCGCGGAGCUGCCGGUGCGGAGCGAGGAGGAGGCGGCCGCGAAGCCGCCCGCUUCGAGGGCCCUGGCGCUCUCGGCGGGCGCCCACAGGGCCCUCCCCCGCUCUGGGCCUCGCCGCGGCGCCGUGGCGAGCGCGGACGCCGCCGCGGAGAUCGCGACCUCCGCCACCCCCGCCGAGGCGUACUACGUAGGUGGCCCUCCUGUUCACCACGGUCGCUGUCCGGAGGAGAUGCAGGAGCGCCAGGGGCUUAACAGGGAGAAGAAGAGGCAGAAGAAGCAGCUGAAGAAGGAUAUGCGGAGUAUUGGAACCAGCAGUCGCGUGAUCCUCUACGGCCUCCUCGAGCCCCCGUGGACCCUGGCAUACCUGUUCCUCCAGAGCCUCCACUUCAUGAGUACGUUUGUGAACUUCCAGUGGGGGUGCCUAGCAGACUACAGCCCCUUCGCUCCCGCCGUUCUGAACCCAGGGACCCUCUUCUGCCCCGUGUGUGUGGACCUCGAGAGUGCCCAUCCGAUCCAUCGUGAGAGACUGAUCCGUACUGGAGUUGAUCAGGCUCAAGGCGAGUUUCACACGCUGUACGCCCUGCAGGUGCCCGCUCCAGCGCGCCAGCAAGGCGCACCGCCACCAGCAGGCGGCGUACGGCAGCCGAACUCAGUGUGGGACGCCACCGACACCCACUUCGGGCUCGCCCAGCGCGACGUCGACCAGCUGACGAGGAUGCCCCUCGACUGGGUGCAGGCGAUGGUGCCAGUGCUGGCUCGCGUGGCCCUGCGCCACGAAGCAGCCAUCAACCACCUGGAGGCGGUGACCUACAGGCACGUGCAGAUGCAAGCAAAGCACGACGUGAUCCAGGCGAUGCAGGUGACAGCCAAGUUCUACGGCAACGAGGCGGCCCGACUUCGCAAGGAUCACAAGGAGGCGAUCCAGGCUGGGCAGGACGUUCCAGAGCUGACGCAGCUCGGCGCCCCGGAGAGAAUCGGGCAGGCCAAUCUACAGAAAAUCACAGAGUACCGCGACCAGCUUCACCACGAGCGCCGCAGCAACGAGACGCUCGCUCAGGAGGUGAAGCAUUGCAGGAUGCAGACGACGUUCGCAGGGGACAAAGUGAAGUUAUUCCUCGCGGUUUCGAACACGGACUUGGAACAGACGGUCGUGAACGCCCUUGUCCAAUUGGGCGGGAUCCACAAGCACGGGACCCCGCCGCGGUCCCACAACGCCAGGCUGCUGCAGCUCUACCUGGACGGCCUGGACGCAUCCGACGCCGUGAACGAUUCGCUUCGUGGGCCACGAGUGCCCUCGACACGCUCCCUCGGCCCAAACUUCUGCCCGGAUGGUUUCCUUGGGGAGGCGGGCCCGCACCGCGCCUCCAGGCGCCCGCCCUCCGGCGCCGCCGCCAUGGCGGCGCCGGGCCCGGCCAUUCGCCGGGGGAUGCUGGGGAUGCAGAAGCGGAAGGGCGUGGCGGCGGACACCAGCCUGGUGCUGCACCUGCGGGGGCAGCGUAUGGUGCUGCAGCAGCUGCCGUCGGAGGCGCUGGGGCCCUGGGUCGCCGACCUGCGCUGCCUGCUGGAGCCGGGCCCCGCGGCGGUGGAGGAGGGGCCCCGCGUGCCGCCGACGCAGGCCGAGGGCGCGGGCGAGGGGUGCGGCGAUGGCGAGCAGGAGCCGGUCCUCUGCCGAGGGGCCAUGCGCGUGCAGCGGAAGGGCAGGGCGGUUGAGAGGUACUUCGUGCUGCUCCCGACCAGGCUGGACUACUACAGCGAGGCCUCGGACCUGCAGCUGGGGAAGGACGUCCGGGGCUGCAUCCACGCCCGCGACGUGGUCCAGAUCGAGGACGUCCCAGGAGGCCUCUCGCUGCACCUGGAGAGCCACCAGGACCCUAUCGGCCUGUACGUGGACUCUCCGGCCGAGCGGAGCACGUGGCUGCCGGCGCUCCGCGGCUGGGCGCGCCAGGCCGCCGACGCCGACGACGCCGCGGCGCCGGAGCCGAGCGCGGAGCGCGCCCGCGCGGGCGGCGGCGCUUCGCGGGGCUCCAUACUGCCGGGGCCGUCGAGGCCGAAGAGCCGCGGGUCCUUCAUCACCGAGCCUGCGGACGAGCCGGCCGGGGCGCCGCCCGCGGAGGCGCGGCCGCAGGCCGUGCCAGAGGGACCCGCGGAGGUGCCGAGGGGCGGCGGCAGCGCGGCGGCGGCGCCCCCGGAGGCCGCCGAGGCGCGGCUGUGCCGGGGCGACUUCGUGGUGCAGAGGGACGGCGAGACCAACAUGGAGCACGUGGCGCUGUACGAGGGCCGCCUGGCCUUCUUCGGCGCCCAGGCCGAGCUGGAGCGCGGGGAGCGGCCGAGGCUCGAGGUCCCCAUGUCGGACGUGAUGGACGUGGAGGUCCUCGACACGGGCUUCGACAUCGUCGCGCGGGGCGCCGGGGGCAUCAACCUGUACGGCUGCUCGGGCACGGACCUGCAGGAGUGGACCGACAGGCUCACGGGCAUCCUGAACGGCAGGUCGCCUUCCCCCUCCGAGGGGGAGCAGCGGAGACUGGCCGCGCCGGCACCCGCCCCCGCGCCGGCGCCGGGCGCGUGGAGCGCCGCGUCGUGGCGCAGCGCGAACCCGGAGGGGAACGCCGACGGAGACAGCAGGCCGGGCACCCCGCACUUCGAGUCCGCGGAGUCGUGGCCAGCUCCCGCGGCCGCGCCAGAGGAGGGCUGGUAUAGUGUUGAGUUCAGCCGCGCCCGCGCGGGGCAGGCUGGCCGAGGCGGCGGCGGCCCCGGCGUCGGCGUCGUCCACGCCGCGGUCGCGCGCGGCGCCGCGGCGGUCGCUGACGCCGACGGGCAUCCCGAGGCCGAGCGGGCGGAGGUCCGCCUCGGGCACGCCCAGGAGCACGUCGGCCGCGUGCAGGCCCAGAGGGCGUCCUCCGCGACGCCCAGGGACUGCGUGCUCCACGAGGGCCCCCUGCUGCUCUUGGUGGACGGCCGCGAGCAGGAGCGGCACUUCCGCCUCUACAGCGGCCGCUUCGAAUAUUUCCCGGACGCCAUGAGCGCCGCGCGCGGCACGGGCCGCUGCGGCCGGGUGCCGUCCGCCGAGGUCGAGCAGGUGCGGGUGCAGGACGACGGCUUCGAGAUCACCCUGGCCAGGGAAACGCUGCGGCCCUUCGGCCCCGAGCGCGUCUCGACGCAGGGCUCGCUGGCCGUGCCGGCAGCUCUGGCGGAGGACUGCGUGGCCGAGCUGGCCAACUUCGACAUUCUGUGCUUCAUCGGCACGCAGAGGCGCGCCGCGUCGGCCGAGAUGUUCGGCCCCAUCGCCAAGGCAGGCGCAGAGAAGCACUGCCAAGGCACCGUCGGACACGUCGAGGACCACACCGCGCACACGAGAGAGGCUCAGUACCAGCAAGCAAUCAACGACACGGUGGACAUCACCGCCGAGGGGGUAACGGAGUUGAGAUGCGACGAGUUCAUGCGGGCGGCGAAGGCGAACGACACGUUCACAGUCCACAAACCCGCGCGGCUUUUGGCGCAGCGCGGCCGGGGAGGUCGCAAGAGAGUAUUCGGACGCCACUCCAUCCCUGGUGCUACUGAGGAGUGGAUCGCCCGCAUGAAGUUGAAAGGAUACGAUGGUGGAUGCUCGGCGAGUGAAUAUGAUGAGAAUCAGUUGAGAGAGAUGAGAGAGUAUCCGAGGGCGACGAUCGUCACGCAGGAGCAGAUCGGAGAGGAGGCGAGGCAGGUCCGCGCUGCGGCGUGGCGAGCCAAGCUUUGGAGAUCGUGCCCAGAAUGGAGCUCGCCAGCGGAGUUGCUGAGAGUUAUGAUGUUUCCCAAGUGGUACAACAAGCGCAUGAUGCAUCACAGACAGGGGCUGGGCUACGAGUCAGAGCUCGAGAAGCUGUCUGCCCCCGCGUUCCACGCCUGCUUGUGGGCGCUCGUCGAGGGCAUCCUUCGCACGCUGCGGGCCCCCCUCGUGUGGGCCCGCGCCCGUGCGGCCAAGAUCGGCAAGGGCAACGAGAAGGAGGGGGUGAACGGCGAGAGGGUGGUUAUGAUGAUAUGCAGCCUGGCCAAGUUUCACUACCGCGCGAUGCUCAAGGCCGCGGACACCGAGAACAUACCGUGCUGGGCCUACGGAGCCAUCCGGCACAGGCGGCGGGAGGGGGCGAUAGUGGUCCAGAUGUGCAGCGCAUGGAGGCUCAAGCAUCAUGGGUACCAGCACGCCCGCCGCCUGCAUGAUGCAGCGAACGCGUUCUACUCGAUCAAGACGGCCAGGCUGAAUCAGGUGAUCGCACAGCGAAUUCAUCCCCGACAUGUACCUAUGAUGUUGGACAGAGUGAAGUGGGCGCACUUCAACUUCGACGGCCAGGAGGAUCGCCUCUUGCUGAUGGGCGAGGGCUGCGUGCCAGGCGACCCCGUGAUGGUAUUCCUCUUUGUCUUGGCGUACGCGACGGGGCUCGAAGAGUACGCACUGAACGCUUGUCAGAACUUAGAGGUUGUUUCACCGUGGACGGGGCAGGCAACCCAGGCCGCCCUCGCUCUUUUCGUGGAUGAUAUUGCGGAUGCGUUCAGAUUCCGCAAUCGGCAGCAGGCACAAGACCGCGGAGCUGACCAAAAUGAGAAGGUAACAGACAUGUUGGGGGAGAUGGGGCUGAAGCAAAACGUGAGCAAGCAAGAAACUGUACCGUAUUGCUGCGGGGUAGGAAGUUUCAAGCUCGAGCGGGAGUUUUUGAGGAACCAGGUCGUCCAGGGACAGAGCGCAGCUGCAGCCAGGUCCACGACUUCCAGGGGCUCCAAGGGUUUCUUGCACGUCGAGGGCGGGUCGCACUUGGAGGUGUCGCCAAUCAAAGAUGCGCGGCAGACGGGGGAGAAGGAGCCCAAGCGCGGCAAGUCCAAGGAGUCGGACGACGUCGUGACCAAGAAGAUGCUGGUCCAGCUCGAGGCGCGCAUGAGGACCCAGGAGCACUACACCAUGACGCAGGUCCAUCUUUCUGCGGACCAUCCCCUGGUCGUAGGAUGCCAGGCCCAGUGCCAGUCGCACCCCGAGCAGGUGAAGAAGGGCGGGCCCCAGCACGAGCGCGGGCCGCCAGAGCUCCAUCUGUUUUCGAGGGCUCUGAAAGAUAUCGAGAGUUGUUUGGCAGAGGCUUCAUCGCUCGAGGUCGAGAAGUACGUGGGACUGCCGACGAGAGUGCGCAGCAUGCUCGAGCAUGGCAAGAGCGAGGACGCCAGCGAGUGGAUCAAGGACUUUACAUUCAGCCCGAUGUACGACGUGAAGAAGGUGAGAUUGACGAUGAGUAUUCGAGGACACGUGCUCGUCGCCACAGCAAGCAAACACGUGGAGAAGCUGAACAAGGCCCAGAUGGAGGCCUGGGGAGGCGCCCCGACGGACGACAAGUUCGAGGAAGAGCUCCAGCGGACCCCGCUGGAGUCGCCGGCGGUCCCAGAGGGCGCCAAGCUCGUCGAGCUCCAGCACGCCCUCAGCGUGAUCCUUGGCGCCUGGGGCGGCUCCAGGAAGGUUGGGAAGGCGCAGCGAGGCAGUGCAGAGCCGGUCCUGGCGUCCGAGGCCGUUGGCACGCAUCGGAGGUUCGUGCUGUGUGCGAUGCUGAUCGACUGGAUGGGCGGCACGCGCGAGUUCGGCAAGGAGACGGUGCUGGUGGACAGCCUGUGCAAGCUGGAGCUGAUCCGCAGGGGCUCGCCGCCGAUCCGCCUGGCGAUGUUCACCGAGGGGCUGCUGAUACGCGGGCAGGUGCAGAUCAUCGACGUGGGCGACUACGGCGAGCACGGGGUCCCGAACUGGACGGCGCGGAUGUGGGCCGCCUUCAAGCACGGGCCCGACAUGUACAAGGUCUUCGACCUCAACUACCCGGAGACGGUGCGCACCGUCUUCAUCAUCCGCAUCGGCACGCUGACCAGCGCCAUCUGGAGGAUGGCCACGCCGCUGGUGCCGAGGAAGGCUGCAGAUCCAGGCCCGCUGGCCAAGCUCGGCCAUGGCCCCGCCGCGCCUGCAACCGCGCUCCUGGGGGCGCGCCGGCUGCACAUUCAGGAGCUGGUCGAUCUGGCGCCGGAUCUGAAGAAGGCCGACCCUCUGAUGGACAUGAAGAUCAGGCGGCUGAUCGGCGACCAGUACUUUACCGGCCAGGUGGAGGACAUCGAGGUGGGCCAGGUCUCCGGGGAGCGCCUCUACAGAAUACGCUACUGCGACGGGGACCUGGAGCACUUCACCGCGAAGCAGGUGCGGGAGUUCCGGGAGGUGACGGCCCGCUGGCCGGGCAUGCUCCAUGGUCUGCUCGUCUGGGCGCUCGGGAUGGCGCCGUCGCGGGAGGAGCUCGUGGACAAGGUGAGGCUGGUCGGGCUUGCGGCCGGGGCUUAUGUGCACGCGUGCGUGCGCGCGGACCGGCGCCCCGAGGACCUCUUGACCUUGCCCGGCGGCGCCGUGGGCGCGCCCGAAGCCCCGUGGCGCGCCGAACGCUUCGCCCGUGAAGUGCUUCGCAAGUGA